UUUAAGUCCACAUUAGAGUGUUCCCAACACUGAUAUAUUUCUUGGCAAGGCUCUUCUUAGUCAGUGUAACGCUAAAAGUUGCCGCCGGAAUUAUCUGAAGAAUGGGCGAAUGUACUCCUCCUCCUCGGAUUGGUAAGAUCGGGCCAUACACAGUGUUCAUGACCCCUCCAGCCACACCAAAACAGGCACCACCACCAGUUCAGCCUCAGCCGGUUCCGGUAGUCGACAAGUCAUGUCCAGUUUGGUCUCCCCCAAUGCAGUAUGAUAAACCCUCAUCUCACUCCUCUUUUGGCUUUUUCCGGAAUGCUCUCGCUAAACUUCAAAAUGCUCAUGCCAGUUUGGAUGAACAAGUUGCAUACUGGUUUGGCUUGAAUCAGUCAAAGUAUCAGUGGGCAUUAGAUGAUUACUAUGAGACCAAAACAAUUAACCAGGCCGAAGAAAAAGCAAAAGCUGUAGCUAGCAAAUUAGAGAAUGUAUGAUAUGCCAAAGGAGAGAAGGAAUAUCUCUGGAUUCACCAAUAUAUGUAUGUGAUAUAGGCAAGACGUACUGAUGCAUUGGGAUUUUUUUUUUUUUUUUUUUUUGGGAUGUAUCAGAAUGUGAUUGUCACACAUUUUUAGCUGCUAUGGUGCAGCAACUAACGAUGCUGCGUUGUAGGCCUCGCCCCAUGUAGUUUUCUGAAGAAAGCUUUCUGUUGUUAUCUUUUACAAUAUAUCUAUGCACUUUUGUUACUGGGUAA